AUGUCUAGAAGGAGCAUGGGUCUUCCUCCUAAUAGAGCACAGGGUUCACAGUACCCACCUAUGGUUAGAGAAAACUCUUUAUAUAACCUGAACUUUGAUGAGGUUCAGAGCCAGUUGGGAAACACAGGGAAGCCUAUCCAUGAUAUUAAUUUGGAUGAGCUUCACAAAAGUGUUAUCUCAGGAGAAAGUGGACAUCUUGGGCAAGACCCUUCGUCUAAUCAUCAUUCAUUUCUUCUUGGGAACAUGAACGUUGGUAUGCAUGCCACCAAAGCCAAUAGCAUUAGUGAGACUUGGAGAGAAAGUGUUGACCAACAACAUAUGAACAGGUCCGUAGACACCCUCUUGAAACAACCUUCUUUGGAGGAAAAAUCUUUAGAAAAUUUUCUAGCUCAUGGAGGUGUGAUUAAUGUUGCUUAUCAGAAUAUUAACGUUGACACUCCGCCCCUGAUGGGAAUGGAUUCAGUAAUGUUGCCUCCACACCUUCAACAACAAUGGAUGCCAAUUCCUUCUAACGUCCACCAACCUCAUCACGAGCCACGUAUAAUUGAAAACUGCCACAGUACUUCUCAGUCAUUCUACGAUAGUCAUCUUGGAUAUUCAGAUAAUUCAGUGGGAAUUCCAAUGUCUCCUUCUUUUUCAGAUGCCAAGAGUGCUCUAGACCUUUACAAGAAGAGAAAGAUCUCCGAUGAGAUCGAGAGAAGACAGAAAAGAAUGGCUAAGAACAGGGAAUCUGCUGCAAGAUCAAGGGCAAAGAAGCAGGAACACAUUACUAGGUUAGAGAACGAGAAGUGUCGCCUUCAGAAACUGACUAGCUGGCGCAAAAUGCUGAAGGUACAUUCAGCCAUCCAUAUAUAUUUCCAAUUAAAUAUAAGUUGUGGUUUCUAUGUGUUGUGCUAA